AAAUAAAAAUCAAUAUUGUUCCUUUAAAACAACUGAAGGACAGUCACACAAUUCUACACAUGCAAAAUCUGUAACGUAAACAAUUCAAAUGCAUGCCUCAAUGCAACAGGUGCAUUUCUUGGCUAACCAAAGCGCAGUCGCAUGAAUUCAACCGCCACUUUAGUUGCCAUGGUUUCGUGAACAUGGAAAAACAAAACAUCAUCCUUGCUUAAAAAGCAGCUCAGCUCGGUUUUAGAAAGCUGUAAAUUUGCCGCGAUGGAAUUGGAAUUAACUCGCGUCGAUUACACCAACGUUGGAUUAACAGGACCAAAUUGCUUACAACUGCUGCCCCCCACAACUAACAUUACAGCGAGCGGCUCUAGCAGUGGAUACAAGCAACAGCAAAAGGUGGCCAUCGGCGAUCAGGAUGGAGUGCUGCAGGUGUUUUCCAUGAAGAAGGACGAACUGCAGGUCCACUUCAAAACGCUCCCCAACGAAAAGAUUGCAGCGGUGAAGUUGGGCGGACAGUCGGGCUCGGUGGCUGAUAAAAUCUUCACCGCCUCCGAAAACAAGGUGCGAGGUUUCAACAAAAAGGGCAAACUAUUUCUCGCCUUUGAGACGAGCCUGACCGAAACGAUCCGCUCGAUGUGUGUCAGCGGAAGUGAUCUGCUGGUUUGUGGGAAUCACGUGUACAAUCACUAUCGGGAUUGCAAAGAGGUGGGCUCGUACCUGUGCGGGGAUGUGAUCGUGGACGUGGCAGCGCUUUGCCCAAACAACACCAGCCGGCUGAUAACGGUGCUGGCCUGUUCCGGUCGGGUGUUGCGCAUUCUCGAGCAUGCUCGCGUACGCCAAACGCUGGAGCUUGAGAGUGUGCCAACGGUGUUGUACGCACCGAAGGGAAUAGGAGAUAGAAUUCUGUGUGGUUUCACGGACGGAAGUGUGAUACUGUUUCAUCUUAACCUGCUAUCAACGGAGGUGAAACGAGAGGUAUUGGUCGCCGAUCGCGAGGCGGAAGGUAUGUUGAGUGCCGUCACGUGCCUUGCAACCUACGAUCUUUCGGGCGACGGUAAGGAAGAGCUGAUUGUCGGACGGCGCGACGGAACGCUGCAGGUGUUUGCGAUGAACUCCGACGAGUAUCAGUUUGAAAUGGAAUGCACGCAAAUCUAUCGCGAAAACUUCAACGAGAGCAUAUCGGCCCUACAGGGAGGAUGCGUGGGAGCGACCAACUACACGGAGAUAAUAGUGUGUACGUACUCGGGGCGUAUAUUCGGCCUGACGACGCAAUGCAUUAGCAAAAGUUUGGGAGAUAAUGGAACGAGCGCGGAAAAGACCGCUGGAACACCGAUCGAUUCGUCGGCGAAACUGCAGCGCAUAAGGGCCGAGAUUUACGAGCUGGAGCAAACGAUCGCCAAGGAACGGGAACGUUAUCAACUGUCCACGCAGGCGCUUUCGUCUGGGUUGUCCGCCAUACCGAUGCUACCGAUAAAUGAUUCCUUCGUGCUGUCGAAGGACGAUGCCACGUUUCUGCUCUCGCUGGAAAUACCAACUCCAAUCGAGCACGUGCUACUGCAGUGUGACGCACCGAUCACGCUGCUGGACGUGGAAAAAAACACCGCCGUCGUUAGUUUCAGUGAGUGUGACAAGUUGAGCGGAAACAGUCUGCUGGCGAGUUAUCGCUGCCAGCUAAACACGAACCGUAUCGAUUUAAAGUUUCGCACCAUCGAGGGUCAAAGCGGAACGCUGCAGGUGUACAUCACACCGAACCUGCAGCCCAAAUGUUGUCAGCUGAAGCGUUACCCGAUCAAACCACUUUCGCUGCACAUGAUCGUACAUAAUGCUACGGACGAGAUGCUUGCCCGACCGAUGAACAUGCUGACGCUCAAAGGACCCUUCAGCCAGGCGGAAAUGCACAACUGGAUGAUAAACAGCAUUCCUGAGCUGCCGGAAAAGCUGUACGAAAGCGGUAAGGUGCAGUACACGUUUAGGCACGUGUUCAUCGGCACGAUGCUGGUCUGUGAGUAUGGUAAAGGGGAGGCCACUUUUCGAAGUGACAAUAUAUCCACCAUAUCGAUAUUGAAGGAUUUCAUCACCAAGGAAGCGACGAAGAAGCGGAUAAAAUUGGAAAUUUCGACUUCCAUUAACGAAUCCACAAUUCCCUCGCUGAUCAAGCUCAUCGAACCCAUGAUUCUACACUACAAUAAGCUUACCAAGGAUUAUCAGCUCGCCCAGGCUCUCCUCGAUCUGGACAUUCGGGACGACGACGAGUUCAAUACGCUGGCCGAAGAGUAUCGCGCGCUCAUUCGCAACCAGCAAUCGCUCGGUACGGAAUUUCGGAAGCAGCCGACGAUACUGAAUCGAAUUUAUGGCAUUCUCACGGACUUGUACAUCGACAAGUUCAAGUUUAAAGGGGUGAACGUAAAAACCAAGCUGCCACAGUUGAUUGAAUUGCUCGACAAUUAUUCGUAUGACGAGCUGGUACAGUUUUACAGCGUAGCCAAAGCUGGGGACGAAGAAACCGGUGACGCCUAGUCGACCGUGGUUGGGUUUGAGUGAUGUUUC